GUUAGCAGCAUGUCUCGUCGAAAGCAAGCCAAGCCCCAGCAUCUCAAGUCGGACGAGGAGCUACAGCAGUCCGAGGUAGUUUCUGAACACGCCGUCCCAGGGGAAGGCGCAGAUGAUGGUGAUAGUGGGAAUGAAAGCAGAAGUGGAAGUGAAGAAACAAAUGUUUGUGAGAAAUGCUGUGCAGAAUUCUUCAAAUGGACAGACUUUCUGGAACACAAGAAGAACUGCACCAAAAACCCACUGGUGUUGAUUGUGAAUGAAGAUGAACCAGCACCACCAUCUGAAGAAUUCCCUGAACCUUCGCCUGCCAGUUCCCCCAGUGACCAGACUGAGAGUGAGGUCACGGAAGAAAACAUUCAGACUGAAAACAAUGAGAGCUGUGAGGUGAAAGUGGCAGAGAAGGAGGAAGAGCCCAUGGAAGUGGAAACCUCUGGAGAGAAAAGCUACCAGAAUCAAGGCACUUCAAACACCACUCCAACGACCCCUCUACCUCAGAUUCCGGAACCAUCUUCCAUGACGAGUUAUAAUAUGCCAAACACUAAUGUUACAUUAGAAACUCUCCUGAGCACUAAAGUGGCCGUGGCCCAGUUCUCCCAAAAUGCAAGAUCCGCCGGGAGUGCAAAUGCGAGCAGUGGGGUGACCGCCAUGGCCAUCCCAAUGAUCCUGGAACAGCUCAUGGCCUUGCAGCAGCAGCAGAUCCACCAGCUCCAGCUCAUUGAGCAGAUUCGUAGUCAGGUAGCCAUGAUGAACCGUCAGCCUCUCCGACCCCCUUUAAAUCCUGCAGUAGCUUCUCAGAAUACUCCUGUAGCAGCAUCUAACCAGCUCCAAGGUUUUGCUGCACAUUCUGCUCUUCAGUUAACUACUGCGGUUCCCCCAACAGUGACUGGGCAAGCUACAAACAAUCCCCCUUCCACCUUUGAAAACACUCAGCACAUCUCACAGCCUACAUCUGGAGCAAGCACCCCAAACAUAUCCAGUAAUGGAUCCUCUUCUGCAUCAACAGAACCUAGUGCAUCCUCAUCUGCUAAUGCAAUUCCAGCAUCCAUAACUCCUGCUUCUGUGUCAAAUACUACUAACACUUCUUCACAGCCCCAGAACACUUCAACUCCACCCACCUUGGGUCAUGGAAAUCUUCUCACCUCAACUUCCAGUCUGCCAAACCCACUUCUACCUCAGACCUCAUCAAAUAGUGUGAUCUUUCCCAAUCCACUGGUUAGCAUUGCUGCAACUGCUAAUGCGUUAGACCCCCUAUCUGCCCUCAUGAAACACCGCAAAGGAAAACCACCAAAUGUGUCGGUGUUUGAACCUAAAUCAAGCUCUGAGGAUCCAUUUUUUAAACACAAGUGUAGAUUUUGUGCCAAGGUCUUUGGAAGUGAUAGUGCUUUACAGAUUCAUUUGCGUUCUCACACAGGAGAGAGGCCUUUUAAGUGUAAUAUAUGUGGGAAUCGAUUUUCAACUAAAGGCAAUCUAAAAGUUCAUUUUCAGAGACACAAGGAGAAGUAUCCACAUAUCCAGAUGAAUCCUUACCCCGUUCCAGAAUACCUCGACAAUGUCCCCACUUGCUCUGGAAUUCCCUAUGGAAUGUCACUGCCACCUGAAAAACCAGUGACAACCUGGCUAGAUAGCAAGCCAGUGUUGCCAACUGUCCCUACAUCCAUUGGACUGCAGCUUCCUCCCACUAUACCUGGUGUUAAUAACUAUAGUGACUCCCCGAGUAUAACUCCCAUAAGCCGGUCACCUCAGAGGCCAUCUCCUGCUUCAAGUGAAUGCACUUCUCUAUCCCCUGGGCUCAACAAUUCUGAGUCAGGCAUAACAGUGACUGCAGAAUCCCCACAACCAAUUCACAGUGGUACUUCCCUAACAAAAACUGAACCUAUCAGUUUGCCUUCCACAAACACACGAGUGGGAGAAGUCUCCAUCAGCGUGCAAGUUACUACCGUUUCUACUUCAAUUGUUACCACUGUAACUGAUAGUAGUGUUUCCACAACCCUCCCAAACCCUGUGCUUCCAGCGGUCUCUGACCAGUUUAAAGCAAAGUUCCCAUUUGGUGGUCUGCUUGACUCUAUGCAAACAUCAGAAACCUCAAAGCUGCAACAGUUAGUUGAGAACAUUGAUAAGAAGAUGACGGAUCCAAAUCAAUGUGUCAUUUGUCACCGGGUGCUUAGUUGUCAGAGUGCUCUCAAGAUGCAUUACAGAACACAUACAGGAGAAAGACCAUUUAAAUGCAAAAUUUGUGGACGUGCCUUUACUACAAAAGGCAAUCUAAAAACACAUUUUGGAGUUCAUCGAGCGAAGCCACCACUAAGAGUACAGCAUUCGUGUCCCAUUUGUCAAAAGAAAUUUACAAACGCUGUUGUUCUUCAGCAACAUAUUCGUAUGCAUAUGGGGGGACAAAUCCCAAACACACCAUUACCCGAGGGCUUCCAAGAUGCCAUGGACUCAGAACUUUCUUAUGAUGAAAAAAAUGUUGAAACCCUGAGCAACUAUGAUGAUGACAUUGAUGAAAAUUCUAUGGAAGAAGACCCAGAGUUAAAGGACACAGCAAGCGACUCAUCUAAACCACUAAUAUCUUACUCUGGGUCGUGUCCCCCUUCACCACCUUCUGUAAUCUCUAGUAUUGCUGCCCUGGAGAAUCAGAUGAAAAUGAUUGAUUCUGUCAUGAACUGUCAACAGCUGACCAGCUUGAAAUCCAUAGAAAAUGGAUCAGGGGAAAGUGACCAUUUAAGUAAUGAUUCCUCAUCAGCUGUAGGUGAUCUUGAAAGCCAGAGUGCAGGCAGCCCUGCCAUGUCAGAAUCAUCCUCAUCCAUGCAAGCAUUGUCUCCGGUAAAUAGCAACAGUGAAAGUUUCCGGUCCAAGUCUCCAGGUCUGAGCAACCAAGAAGACCCGCAAGACACACCACUAAAGACAGAAAAACCAGACAGUCCACCACCUGCUCCUGAAAAUGGAGGUGCACUUGAUCUGACAGCUCCUACCCCGGGCAGACCAGUCAUCAAGGAGGAAGCUCCUUUUAGCCUGCUGUUCCUCAACAGAGAACGUGGUAAGUUUAAAAGUACUGUUUGUAAUAUCUGUGGCAAGCCUUUUGCUUGUAAGAGUGCAUUGGAAAUUCACUACCGCAGCCAUACUAAAGAACGUCCAUUUGUUUGUACAAUCUGCAGUCGCGGGUGUUCCACUAUGGGUAAUUUAAAACAGCACUUACUGACACACAAAUUAAAAGAGCUGCCUUCUCAGUUAUUUGAACCCAACUUUACUCUAGGUCCCAGCCAAAGUACUCCUAGCCUGGUCACCAGCACUGCGCCUACCAUGAUCAAAAUGGAAGUGAAUGGUCACAGCAAGCCGAUCUCACUGGGGGAAGGUCCUCCGCUUCCAGCUGGAAUCCAGGUUCCUGCUGCACCACAGACAGUGAUGAGUCCUGGUCUCACUCCUAUGCUGGCACCCCCACCACGGCGAACGCCUAAGCAACACAACUGUCAAUCGUGUGGGAAGACCUUCUCCUCAGCAAGUGCACUCCAGAUACAUGAGCGCACCCAUACUGGUGAAAAGCCAUUUGGUUGCACAAUCUGUGGUAGAGCUUUUACCACAAAGGGGAAUCUCAAGGUUCAUAUGGGAACUCACAUGUGGAAUAAUGCCCCUGCGAGACGUGGCCGCCGACUAUCUGUGGAAAACCCCAUGGCAUUGUUAGGUGGUGAUGCACUGAAGUUCUCUGAAAUGUUCCAAAAGGAUUUGGCAGCUCGGGCAAUGAAUGUUGACCCCAAUUUUUGGAACCAGUAUGCUGCAGCGAUCACAAAUGGACUUGCUAUGAAGAACAAUGAGAUUUCAGUCAUACAGAAUGGAGGCAUUCCACAACUCCCAGUAAGUUUAGGUGGAAGUGCCAUUCCACCCUUAAGUAACAUUACAAGUGGUAUGGACAAAGCUCGCACAGGCAGCAGCCCUCCUAUUGGUGGCCUGGACAAAGCAAGUUCAGAAACAGGAGCCAGUCGUCCAUUCACACGGUUUAUUGAGGAUAACAAGGAGAUUGGUAUAAAUUAAAUUUGAGAAAUGUGAAUAACUCUUGGGACUCUUAAUCAACAUAUUUGUUCUAUUUCAUGUACAAAUUUGAAAGUUUAAAGCAUUAGUCUUAUGAUCUUAAUGCCUAGGUUCCCUUUAAAAUUUUAUCCAUAGCCGAAAAUACAUUAACUGUGUGGCUGCUGAAAAGUUGUCUUGCAAGAGCUGCAUGGUACUUCUUUUAACAGUGAGUUUGACUGUUAUUGAGAACUCUGAAACCUUUAAAAUUUUAGUUAACAAGGAGUCAAUGGAAACUGCAUUAGCAACUGAAAGAGGUUAGACCACAUCCACUUUGUUUCUUAUAAAAUUUAAUGAUCACCUAAGAAGGAAAAAAGAAAAAAAAGAGGGGGGGGCUUCACUGCGGCAUUCUGGUCAAACUUAUUUGCUGGUUCUGUUCAAAUUAGUUAGAAACUUGAACUAUGUUUUUAGAAAUCUUAAUCUUAAAUAAGUGAUUUAGUACCCCCAUGCUGUGUAUUAUGACAGUAUCCUUGUCUGUAGUAUUUAUAAUGUUAAGAUUAUGCGGGUAACAGACAAUAUACUAGCCCCAUCCUUAAAUGAAACUUUUGUACCGCAAAAUACAUCUGGCUGUGAUUUUUUUUUUUAAAGCAAGAUUUGUUUUACUCUAAGUAAGUGGUUUAUUUCAAUGCAGGCAAAAUUGUGGAAGUUUUAUUGGGAAAGAUAGCAUGCUUUUCAUGUGCAAGUACCUGUCAGUAACAAAUCUUUUUUUAUUUAAAUAUUUGUAGCUGCUAUGUGGACAGUUGUUCUAUUAAAUGAAAAAUGUAGUGUGGUCUGUAGCUCAAUGAUUGGAAAACAAGUUACAGACAAACCUUAUCACCAUAAAUUAUUCACAACAUUAUAAACAGUUGUGAAUAAAUAUUUCAUGUUAUCAAAGUUGUACAAUAAAAAAGGUAAUGUUUGUAUAAUGUGGUUGCAAACUCUUAAUUUAUACUAUUGCACUUUUAGUAUUUUGUAUUAGGGAGGUUUGUCUAUAAUUUGAAAAUGAAAAAAAAAAGAUGUAAACUAUUUUAUAAAUAGUACUUUGGUUUAAGGAAAAUGAAGAAAAAAAAAAAAACCUGUUACAGUUUCUUGUUUUGUCUUAAGGUCAAAUAAUAUGAGAGAUCUAUGCUACUUAAAUAGAAAAGCCACCAAGAUUUGUCAGAUCCUCAGUACAAUAGGGCCUGCCAUUUCGAAAAUUGAAAUGAUUUAUUUAACUUUUCUACAAAGCCCAUUAAAAACUGUGACCACCCCUAACAAAACUUUGAUGAAUUAAUCUUAGGACUGUGACAUCAAUGCAAGCCCAGGAAACAGUAAAGAGAACAUUGUGUAGGUUUAAUUUUACUGUAAUCUGUUCUGUCUCUUUCUCACACACCCACAAAUAAGAUGUGGACUGCCUCACAGCACUGGCAUUAUGUACAAUAAACUGGGAAGAAAUAUUUAGUGUCUGGCAGUAUAAUAAGUCAUAACUGUAAAAUAUUCCAAAUUCCCAAUUUACUGAUAAUCAUCUCAGAUUACAAUAAAGCACAAUGUCCUCUGAUUAUUCUAAUAUCAUUUUAUGCUGAUUACUUUGUUUAAAUGACAUCAAAUAGCUAAAGAGACUGGUUCCACUCCUCUUAAGCUAGGAUGCUGGUGAGGCUGGGGCUUAAUCAAAACUUGAACAGUAAAUGUUUUGUGUACUACCUCAUUUUUGUGCAUUACAAGCAUGGUGGAGUCUGACACUAUGAACUUCCAUCCAACAGAAUUGUUCAAGGGACAUCAUGGGUAGCUGGGUAACAGUGCAAGGAGUUGUAUACCCCUGAAGGAAGAAUCAGACAGUGAGGUCUUCUCAAUUAAGACUGAAAAAAAAAUAGGACAAUCUCAUUCAACAAAAAAAAAUAUUACUGUAAGAAGAUGGACUAUUUCUGCCAUCGUUUAAAUGAACAAAAAGAGUUUUGAAGACUUGCUAGCUGUUUAUUUCUAUUGGAAAUGAACAAUGAACUAUACAGCUCUGUUUUCUACAGUGGUGAAAUAGAACUUCCCCAUGUUAUGCCAUCUUUUACCACAGAAUGUGGGGGAUCUGGAGGUUUUCCAAGCAUUGGAAAAAGAAAACUGAGGUGGCUUAAUGUUGCUGUAAUUCAGCAGUUGAAUGUUUUUAUUUAUAUGUGUCAUUUUUGGUGUGAAUUUUUUUGUUAGUAUUUGGUACCAUGUAGUGUUAUCUCUUCUCCCUAAAGGAUGUGUAUAACUUAACAAAAGAGAGAUGUAAAGUGUUGUAAAUAAGAUGGUUGAUGAAGGUACAGUAAGACUGACCCCAUUUUGUAUUCAGGGUUAGGUCACUCCUCUCUGCAUGGUGAAGAGAGACACUAUUUUUAUACUGCGAUACCAUGUAGGGCUAGGAGCCUCCCUGAACCAGCUGGGAAUUGUUACCUAGAUCCAAUAUUUUUUAUGAUUAAAUCUUGUUGGCUUGACACAUCUACUGAUUGAAAUGGAUGUCUUAGUCUAGGUUACUAUUUUUGUCAUAUGGAAUUGAAUAAAAUGCAGGAUGUAAUAUUAUUUCUGAAUCGCGUUCCUUGAUUAUUCUAAUGGAAAAGUGAGAGUUGAGCUUAUGGUCAUUUGUGGUGGAUGUACAUCAAUGAUUUUUCUCUAAUCUUCAUUCGUGAAUGUCAACAUAGGGUUGGCAACUUUAGGCCUAAGCAAUAUUUAAAUGUAUCUUGAUUACACUUCAGCUAUUAAAAAGCUUUUUUUCUAAGAAGAAAAUGCAGUCUCCUAAAUGUGGAUUAUGUAUGUAUCUGUGAUAAAAGAAGAUGUGGUAGAAAAAGUUUAAAUAUUUGAAAGUACUGGCAAUUUCCAAAGGUCAACUAUAUUCUGAAACAUCUCUCAAUUAUCUGCAUCAAGUGAAAAAUAUUGCCUCUCUGAUCAUUUCAACAAUUAGAUGAUGAUCAAAUCACAGGGAACAAAUUUGCUAGCAAAACUGAACAAAAACAACAGACAUCACUGAGACUUCAUUCCCAUCUGUUUCCUCCCAAAAAAGGUUAUCUUUUAUGUUAAAAUUCAUAUUAUUUUGAAAAUUACAUUUGACAAUCCUCAGAAUUUUCAUGAUCUAAUGGCAUUUAGAUUUUAAAAUAAUAGUCUGUUUCAAGUUCCCUAAUAAAAGAAAAGAAAUACACAUAGAAUUUUCCUCUUUUCCUAUGCUCACAGAAUUUCAUAUAGUUUUUAUUUUAGGAACUUGAACUUGUUUCAGAUUCUGAAAAGCUAAUAAAGUACUAACCAUUUGGACAAUUAAUCAUAGGUAAAUUGAUAUUUUAUUUGUCAUUUUUGCAAAAUUUUAAAAGUUGAAUACAUUAAUUUUCCAAAUAUUCAAAUCAUAAAAAGUAGAAAUAACCAAAUAUGAAAGGAUGCAAUAUAAAGAGAAUCUGUAAGAAAAAAGGAAAAGUUCUCUCAGGGAAUAGUAAGUAUUUUCAUGAGCACUUUAAGAAAUUAAAAUAAAUUAAAAGAUACAGAGAAAACAUAAAAAAAUGUUUCUGAACUUCUAUUUCCAAAUCAGUCUUGAUGCACAACUCCUUCUGAUAUCAAGUAGAAGAUAGCUAAUAUAAACAAAAAUAAUGGUAAAGGCUGAUAAUCCAUAACAAUUUAUUUACACAUACACACACAUAUAAUACACACAUAUACAUACAUAUAUGCACAAAUUAUAUAUAUGUACAAAUCAUGUUUAUGUACACUAUAGUAUAUGUGCAUAUAUACACAUACUAUAUAUGUGGGUAUGUACAUACAUACAUACAUAUAAAUAUAUAUACACACACAUUCCUCUUCUAAGUUCAUUAUAAGAACUAUUAACACUUAAAACUAAUUAAGAGAUACUGCUAAAGGGCCUUCCACCAAUUGUUUUAAACUCUCUGCUGUUUAAUUUUAUCCCUAUAGAAGCUUAAAAAGAGAGGGUUUCCCACUACCUGUAUUGCCUCGAUAUUUAGCAGCUGUUCCAUUGAUCUUCCUUGUUUUGUUUUGUGUGUGGUUUUUUUUUACAAAGCCACAGCAAACAUUAGCAUUUCUUUUAUUAUUGUGCUGCAUUUCCCUUUCCAACCUAACCAACUUCAAAAUACUCUAUUUUAUUUUGACACUUUUCUAUUGCCACCGAAGUCAAACCUUUAAUUUUUCUCCUCUAGUAUAUGCUUGAAAAAAAGAAUGAUAAUGAUCCAUCCUGUGUAAUCAGUUCUGUGCCCAGUCUUUCACAAGUGCACUAACCAACCUGUAUAUGCUAUUCAUCCACUGUCCUUUGUGUCAAGGCCCAGUGCUCAUUUGCUAAUUGCUAUUACUGAGUGAGGAACGGAGAGAUUAUUUAUUCCUUUAGAAAAGUUCCUUACAACAUGGUGCUUCAUGGGGAAGGAAUGAAGUAGCUCAAAAAGCACCCAACCAGGUUUUAAUCCAUUUGCUGAUUUUCAAGUAUGUCCAAAUUUAGUGUCUAAAAAGAUUUUAAAAUUACUCUUAACAACUAUGAAGGCUAAUUGGAAUUUCCCUUUUCUUUUUCAUUUCCCUUAGAAAAGAAGACUCCCUAAUAAUUUAACUUUGCUGAUUGUCACUGGGGAGAGGAGGCAGUCAAAAUAAUAAAACCCAUAGUAUGUUACAUUUUCUAACUACUCUUUUAUUUAAUGUUACUGACUUAGAUAAAUGAGCUUAGCGAUAGACACCAGUAACAGACUGACAUACUCACUCGAGUAUGAUAGAGUUUUAAGAAAACAAAAAGCACACUGGAUCCUAUGGGAGUCAAGACACAUGGCCUCUAACCAAUUCUAUGACUAAAUAAUUAGUUGUAUUCAACUUACUCUCUUUGGGACUGAGUUUCUUCUUAUACGUGUUAGAUUUAGAUGAUCUCUAGGCCUCUUUCAGCUGUGAAAUUCUGGAAUGUAAAAGACAUACCUUUAUUUACUCCAAAAAGUAUGUAUCAGGUAGAAUUUCCCAACAUGAAUGGCUAGAACACAUAUAAGUGGUUGCUCAAAAAUAUUUUUGACUGCAUAUAUGCAAAGUUUAUUUCAGAGGGUGAUGGUUGGCAACAUUUUUGAAUCAUGACAGAUGUUUUCAUUUGUAUUUUUUUUCAAUUAGGGGUUUUCACCAAAAGUUCAAUACUAAUGAUGGAUUAAAUCAAGACAAGUCAAAAAAUAAAAUGCAUUUUCUAUUAGAAAAGAGCCUAUAAGAAAUGGUUCCAUUUUCCACACAUAUAUUGUAUGCACAACUACUUGUACAGUAAAAUGUUAAGCUGAUAUCCAUUUAGUCAAAAUACUACCUAAUUCAAGGGAACUAUUAUUUUAAUUACUGCUUGUUCUUUCUUAUUAAAAUAUUUAAUCCAAACUUUUUUUAAAAAAUGAUGUCUGAUUUUACUGCACAUAAUUAUUUGCAAACAUGAAUGAAUGUUUUGAGUUUUGUCUUGGAGGAGGGGAGUGGUUUAUAAUACAUGGGAAAAGAGUACAGAAUAUACUUUGAAAUAGAUUCCUCUUGGUAUAUCUAUUAUGAUUCAACUCAAAUAUUUUUCUAAAUAUUGGCAUCUGUAAGGGGAAAGAAAAAUUGAUGGGAGAGAAGUGGGAGACAAAAAUGGAGAAUGUGAGAGAAGACACUGAUGUAAGUGGACAUUUAUGUGAAAAGCUUUUAUGUUAUUAAAUUUUUAAAAAUGAUUCGCAAGUCUUUACCAAGUCAUGUUUCAGGAACAUAAUCAAAUCCUUAAAAAUCUCUCAGUGUAAAUGAUGCAAACAUAGUAAAAUAAAUGUUUUGUUUCAAGA